AUGACGGCGUUACCGGGAACCGUACCGCGGAUGAUGCGCCCGGCCUCCGGACAAAACUACCCGAGAACUGGCUUCCCUCUGGAAGUGUCUACACCUUUAGGCCAAGGCCGGGUCAACCAACUGGGGGGUGUCUUUAUUAACGGCCGACCCCUGCCCAACCACAUUCGCCACAAGAUCGUGGAGAUGGCCCACCACGGCAUCCGACCGUGCGUCAUUUCUCGCCAGUUGCGGGUCUCCCACGGCUGCGUGUCCAAAAUCCUGUGCCGUUAUCAGGAGACGGGUUCCAUCCGGCCCGGGGCCAUCGGAGGCAGCAAGCCUAGGCAGGUGGCGACGCCCGACGUGGAGAAGAGGAUCGAGCAGUACAAGAGCGACAGUCCGGGAAUAUUCAGCUGGGAGAUUCGAGAUAAACUGCUCAAAGAAGGCGUAUGCGACAGGAGCAGCGUCCCUUCAGGUGAGACACUCCCUGUGAGUUCCAUCAGUCGAAUCCUAAGAGCUCGCUUUGGCAAAAAGGACGACGAGGAUGACGACGACGAUGAAGAAUGCUUUAAAAAAGAUGACGAGGAGGACAAGAAAACCAAGCACAGCAUCGAUGGCAUCUUAAGAGACAAAGGCGCUCGUAUGGAUGUAGUGUCAGAUGUGGAGUCAGAGCCAGAUCUCCCCCUCAAGAGGAAGCAGCGUAGGAGUCGCACCACGUUUACAGCCGAGCAGCUGGAAGAAUUGGAGAAGGCUUUUGAAAGAACACACUAUCCUGACAUUUACACGAGAGAGGAGUUGGCCCAGAUGACCAAAUUGACUGAGGCACGAGUGCAGGUGUGGUUUAGCAAUCGCAGGGCCAGAUGGCGAAAACAAGCAGGAGCCAAUCAGCUAACAGCUUUCAACCAUUUGUUGCCUAGCGGAUUUCCCCCUACAGGGAUGCCAACACUCCCAACAUACCAACUGACGGACUCCAGCUACCCAAGCAAUAUUUUGUCACAAGAUGGUGGCGGUACAGUUCACCGGCCCCAACCGCUACCUCCGUCCACUAUGCACCAGAGUACUCUGUCCAGUAAUGACAGCAGUUCCACCUACGGUCUAGCUGCAAAUCGCCACAGCUUUUCUGGCUACUCUGACACCUUUAUGACAUCUGCACCGAGCAGCCACGUCAACCCGGUCAACACUGGGCUUCCGCCACAGGUGAUGAGCAUCCUGAGCAACCCGAGCGGCGUUUCCUCCCAACCCCAACACGACUUUUCUGUGUCGCCGCUUCACAGCAUGUUGGAAGCCCCUCCAGCUAACUCCGCGUCAGGCCCUGGCAGUCAACGUUCAGCGGAGGCCUCCAUCAAGACGGCGGACAGCCUUCCAUCUUCCCAGUCCUAUUGUCCCCCAACGUACAGCACCACUAACUACAGUGUGGACCCGGCCGUGGCCGCCGUGGGCUACCAGUACACUCAGUACGGCCAGACCGCAUCUGCUAUGAAUUGUCUGGCCAAGAACGUUGGCCUGUCCAGCCAGCGCAGGGUGAAGCUCUCCGACCACUCAGGUGUUUUGGGACUGCUGCAGGUGGAGACUGGUCAGGCAUACUAG